AGCUUUCCUGCAGUCCGACAUAUUCAGGUAUCCAAAUGACAAAAUUAAUGUCCACAUAUUAUAUCCACUCUUGAACUGUGUGGAUACCGUAGUACUCGAGAGGCUUUGGUUUACUUCUUCAUGGUGUCUGAAUAGUAUGAACCAUGGGUAAGAAGGAGGAAAAACAGCUGCUGGACAUCGUUGGCACGGGCCCUGGUGCUGGUGACAAGGAAAAGUUGCUGCGCCUGUUCUACCCGAAGCAGAGAGUGUCACAGGCUGCGUCAGCCCUCGAACGAGAGGACGUGAAGAACCUGCGACUGACUAUUGACAUCUCCCAUGUGAUCGACGUCAACCUGGUGCGUGCAGAAUGCGGCAGCACGCCUCUCAUCCUGUCCUGCUUGAACGGCCAUCAUGAUCUUGCUCUGCUGCUCAUCCAGCACGGUGCUGAUGUAAACAGGGAGGACUUGAGCGGCAACACCGCACUGCACUGGGCAGCAUUCCAUGACAGGCAGGAUUUUGUUGACACGCUAAUCAAGGGCAAAGUCAAGCCCAACAUUGCCAACAGGGACGGGGAGACACCGCUUCACUUCAUUGUGAAGAAAAUGCAAGUUGGCCAGCCACUGACCAUGGUGAGACUCCUGCAGGGCGGUGCAAAUGCUGGUAGCAAGAACUCAUCUGGAGAUACACCUCUGACCCUGGCAGCUCGUCUCAACAAAAUUGAUGCUGUGUCUCUGCUUGUGGACUCCUGCCGUCAGCUGGCGCAGGAUGCGAGGCCCCUCAUUGAAGCAGCACGAACAGGUCGGCUUGAGUUGAGCGAAGUCUUGCUGGACUGUGGACUGGACCCUAAUGGAAUGGACAAAAACACAGGAAGCCGACCGCUGCACGAAGCCGUCCAGUUCUGCCGUCCCAAGAUCUGCAAGCUACUGCUCGAGUUUGGAGCAGACAGUAUGAUGAAGGAUUCCAAGGGAAACACAGCCGAAAGUCUGGCCAGAAUGCUACCGGGCAAUCGUGGACCAGAGUACUUGAGAAUAUUUGACAAGGGUCGAUUGUUGGAACCUCGCACACCGAGGGUGGAGAAGGACCGUGUAUCGAAAAUCAAGGAGGCAAAGGAGAAGGAAGUGACAGAAAAUCUUCCUCGGAUGGCCAUGUUCACCCAGUGGACUCGUAAUGUCAGACCGUACAGGAGUCGCUCGGACCCUAUGGCCGUCGUCUUCAACUUGUUUGAUGGUAAUGCCAGGACACGCUACGUCAUACCUCGUGGGCGCAACAACUGGGUGACUUUUGACUUUGGCUCAAAAUUCAUUCUGAAUGGAGUUGAAGUCAAAGGAUGGAACAGUGAUGAAACCGUAAAGAACUUUCAAAUCCAACAUGGUCCCUCGGCAGAAGGACCAUGGCAUCUAGCUAGAGCUUUCCGUGCCACCAGAUCAGAUGAGACGCAGGUCUUCCAGAACUUUGUGUCCGUCAGUCAGUUUGUCAAGUUUGUAAUUAUAGACAACUAUUCUGAGGAUGUGGAGUGCAAGACCAGCUUCAUCAGCCUUUCAUUCUUUGGUCUUGAUGCUGAAUUCAAGACACUUUUCGGUAACAUUGGCUUGACAAAGUAUGACCAAGACUUCAUUGCCGCUGGUUACAGCACUAUUGCGUCGCUCAUUUUCCUGGCACCAGGUGACAUUCAAGAAAUUAUUCAGAAUGACAAGCAUUCCAAGCUAUUGAUUGACACCCUCAAGAAUUUGAGAUCCACAUAUCAAUACGGCAAGAAUAUCAACAUGUGGUGGAAGAACCAGCCAGUUAGCAAAUGUACAGCUGGCCAAGUGAUUCCCCCGUUUUCUCUAUUCGUGGACUCGGGUGUAGAGCAAAUAUUUUCACUAGGUGUUGAAGGAGGCGCUACACUGUCCGGCGAGACAUGUGUGAUGAGCAGAUGCAAUACGUACGACAGGAGCAAAGCCGCAGUGGUCACCUUCAAGGGCAUCGCACUGAAUCCUCCCGGUGUGUAUCGCCUAGUGGUCAAUGAUCCUAAAGCCAAAUCAACCUCCCUAUAUGCCUACAGGACAAUUGAAGUUGGCGAUAGUGAGAGGCAGAUCGACGUUGAUAAGGUCUUCAAGGACAUGUCCUCCCAGCUCGCUUUCACCCAGGAAUAAAGCCAAGGCACGCACAGCGCACGCAUGCGUUGCACCCAAGCGCUGCUUCGCAUGUAGUCGUCGUCUGUACAAAGUUAUUUUUUACGCUUCUCCAUUUUGUUUGCCCCUGCCCCUCAUUGCUGAACAGGGAACUAUUCUGUUCUUUCAAUCCGCGUACCUACAUAGUUUCAUGAUAUGUAGGCCAUGACUAUCAAGACACUCUCUUGAAGAUUCUGUUUUUAUUAAUGCAUCACCUAUUUAUUUAAGAACAAAGUACUCAUUUAGAAACAUUCCAUGCUGUGCCCUAAAAUAUUUAUGCCCGAUUCUAACCCAUUCCUAAAGUUUGCAUGAAAAAUUAUUAAAGUGCCCAUUUUCAUCAGUAUUUUGCCUUUUUUCA